UACACCUACACGCUCUGGGUGGGCUCGAAUGUGAGCGAGGCCUUCUCCCUGUCCCUGGUCUCCCCGAAGAACACAAGCUUCUUCAAGGCCAUGACCCAGGCGGCCGAAAUGGAUCCCAGAUUCAUCUUCGAGGCGCGCGAAUGGCCCAAUGGCCACUACGUGCACACACUGUAUGGCAAGAAGGAGGAGCCGCGAGGGUACCACUACUGGCUGCUCUACCGAUUGCCCGAGCUACCGGAUCCCAAUAAUACGCCUGGGAAUCAGCUUAUUGCGCCUGUUGGUGUUGAUGAGCUAAUGGUCGAGGACGGUGAACACUAUCUAUAUUGGUAUAAGAAACUCUAAGCACGGGGAGAGCAUUGCCUGCCGCCGGCCUUAGACGAAGCUGCAGUUCAAUCCACUAAGCAGAGUCGAUAAAAACACACACAUAAAAUGCUUUAGCUAUCGGGCCAUACAGACACACACAGACACAAACGAACACAGAAUCCAGCACAGGACAGUAGUGAACAUGAAAGUGGAGAGUGGAGAAUGGAGAGGUGCCGCAAGCAAAGCAGGAAGGAAGAAAGGCGUACGGAAUUAAUGUCACAGCGGAGUAGACUGUGCACCCACACAGGCGCACACACACACACACACAUCGCACUCCAUUCACCCAACCAAGCAAGCAACCCAAAACUGAUCUCUCGAUUAUCUGAUUCUGGGCGGGAAUGCAGCCGCACCUCAGUCGAAUACUUAUGCAUAGCGAUAAAUGAACGAAAUGAAAGAAA